UUCCCCACCACAUAUGCUCAGAGUGACUGCCCAAAGGGCUUGCACAUUUUUCCAUGACAAGGGGGAAACAGGUGCACAGCUUUGCAGUUGCCCAGCAGCUACUUUGAGGUGGCAGCUCCACCUCCUUUGCCUUAUUUACAGGGAGACCAUAUGCUAGAUCUAAAAGGAGCAACCAUUCAAAAAAUGACCCUGCUGCUGGAGGGGAGUUGAGAGAGAGCAGCGGCUGAUGUGAACCAGAGCAAUGUGGCAGCUGCUGUGCAUAAAAGUGAUGGGGCCGAGGGGCUGCAGGGCUCAGCAUGAAGUCGAGCGGGGGUGCUGCAUCCGACCCAGAGGAGCUGGAGAGUGGCAGCAGCGAGAGCAGCUCUGGGAAAUCCCUGCCUUCCACCGGUGCCCAAGGCAAACGCAAGCGCAAGAGUCCUCGGUUGUGUGGCCUGAGCAGGCAGAGGCAAGCUGCCAACGCCCGGGAGAGGGACCGGACCCACAGUGUGAAUACUGCUUUCACUGCGCUCCGCACACUCAUCCCAACCGAGCCAGCAGAUCGCAAGCUGUCCAAGAUAGAGACCUUGCGCCUGGCCUCAAGCUACAUCUCACACCUGGCUAACAUGCUGUUUCUACAACAGCAUCAACAGCAAUCACAAAGUGGGAGCUUGGGAGAGGAACCUAUGCAGCCCUGCCUGCAAUACCAGGCUGUCCUGCAGAGCGGCAGCACUCCAGCAACACCCAGGCCCAUCUGCACCUUCUGUCUGAGCAGCCAGAGGAAACAGCACAGAGAAAGGGAGAAACACUUGUCUCUUUAAAAGCUUUGUGGACAUUGAUUCAGCUGAGGACCUUGCACAAAUGCUGGACUGGUAAUAGCACAGUUGUAGCAGACUUAUUCGAGGGGCUUUUCACGGAUGAAACUGAACACGGUGGGGAAAGUUGCACCUGGUGUGGCAGCUAUUUUUGGGUGAGAAAUGCUAAAGCUAAGCAGCCAAGCCCUGACACUGAUGCCUCCUAACCAAAGGCACAUGAUGGAACUUGAGCUUUCAGAUACUCAGUGUCUCCUCUUCCUCAAGGCUCUCAUAAUGCACCAGACCCAGAGCCUUGAACCACAACUGGACAGAUGGAGCAAUGUUGUGCUUCUCUUUUCUUUUCCUUCUUCUUCUUCUUCAGUCAAGAGCUUAUUUAUCUCUCUAAGCAAAUGCAUAACUUUUUACUGAAAGCAGGUAUUAAUGGUUUGCAGGAACCUCAGAUGCUACAAUACCAUCUCAGCUCAGCUGCCCAUACAGAGAGAAAGGUGCUCAUAUGCACUUUUUAAAACUUAGGAAAACCAUGUGUCCCCUUCAUAAUGUCCACAGUGAAAUAGUAGCUGUAUAGUUAACUCCAUUUCUCCCCAGGAAACUUGCAUUUAUAUCAUGGGAGGUUGUAACUUAUGGUCUUUCAGGAUGUGUGUGUGUGUGUUUCAUUGGCAGCACAGAGAGAAAAAAAUGUUAAUUCCCCUUCCUUUUGUAUGCACAAAUGAUGGACUAAUCUUGAUUGCUUGUAUUUUGAAUGUUAAAAUAAGAUAUGUGAAAUACACAUUUAAUAGGCCAUCUAAUUUGGCCCCUAUACAGAACUCUAUGGGAGAUUUUUUUAGAAUACAGUGAAUUGUUUCCCAAUUCAAGCCAAUGUCAUGCCAUUAUAGUGAAUUUCCAAUGAUGAAAGUAAGGCCCUGGAGCUGCCAAGCAUAAAAUAUUUCAGGUUAAUUUUUGUGCCAUUGUGUAUGCAGAUAGCCACAUGAGAAACAAAGGGGAUAAUCCUAUUAAGCAGUGAAGGAAAUAUAAUUACUUUUUGCCAUUCACCGUCAUCUGUGAACAGAGCCUAGGUCUGCAUGUCAAGUUGGCCAUAGAUGCCCGAAGACUAAUUUCUCACUCUUUUAAACCAUGAUUUCUAUGCUAAUUCCUGUUUCUCGGGGGUCUCGCAUAAUGAGAUUCUCAGCCUACAUAGCCCAAUGCCAUUAACAGAUGGAAAACUGGCCUUCUGUUGGCCCUUGCUCCCAUGGUGAGUUCUGACAUAUUCAGUGUUCAAUAUUUACCACAGAGACCCUAUUUCCCACAGACAUAGAACAGUUACGGCCCAGAGAUAUAAAUAUUAAAAAGAAGCCCAAAGAGCUGGAAACAUGCUUUGAGGUCAUCUUUUAAAUAUACAUGUGGCAGAAACAAGGCAGUGCAUCAAAAGUGGCCAUGCUACAGACAUUUCAUUGGUUGCUUCCUCACUCUGCUUCCUUCCAAUCAUUUCCCCUGAGACUGGAGGUGGUUGCAACUGUGAGCCAUUUCCUUAUCCAGAAACAAAAGAAUAGGAAAUGGUGACACCUGUGAGGCUACAACCCCCCCCCCCCGCCCCUGAGAGAAUAAGGCAGCAAUGUAGAGUGGGGGGCACUCACCUCCAUUUUCAGUAGUACUGUUGGUACAUCAUGUCUCCUGGUGGCAGUGUGCUAAGCGCCAGUCCUGAGAACAUGGGUGACUACCUGUGUUCUCAUAAGGCAAGCUGGGGACAAUGCAGGAGCAAUCUGGAACCUAACAGAUAAUAGCAUGAGAUGGCAAGAGAGCAAUGCAGGGCACUGCCUAACAAUUUGCCCUGCUGGCUGAUGGAUUCAUUAUGCUGCACCACAGAUGCCCCCACUGUCCCCCAGAUUAAGGUCCUCCAUCUGAUGAGUUUUAUGGUAUGCUUCCUCUUGAAGUUGUUUAUUCAAUAGGAUUUCCUAUUAUCCACAGUUUUUGUUAACCAUGGUAAUUUAAGGAACUUAUUCUUUGAAGAUACAUGAUCAUAUUACUGUACAUACAAUUGGGGAAGGAAAAUCAUAAGAGGUACCAAUGUACAGAAGAACAUAAGUCAUACAUUCCUUCCCUACUAUCUUGAAGAGAGCAUGGAAGAAGAUUUGGCAAAGAAGACGAGUCAGGCACAAGAUAUACUUGUUCAGAAGAUUGUCUGCGAAUAUCUUUGCCAUCCUUAAGGCAGACACUUGCUCCCAUAGUCAGUUAUUUCCAACUCCACAAAAAGCUGGGGUUUUUUUUUUUGUAAAGUUAACUGAUUCUAAUGACCCACUCAAGAUUAAACCACUGUAAAAUGCUUUGCAAUAGGACAGGUUUGACUCAAAACGUAAUGUUGCCGGAGUUUGAAAAAAUGGCACAAUGCCCCACAAUAACCAAAUUGCCUACAAUUCAUACUUUUUUGGCCUUUUGACUAAGAUCAAGUGUAGUACUUUUGUGGUAAUGUUAUUUUUGAAAGGCAGCUUAAUGUCAGAAUGGUCAUUGUAUAGCAUAAUGAAGUAUCCUAAAAUCAUAGAGUUGGAAGAGAUACCACAAGGGUCAUCCAGUCCAACCUCCUAUCCAACUCAUCUUAUAUUUGCUCAGAUGCAUUGCUCAUGUGAGGGUCAUUUGGAUCAAUUUGUUGUCAUUUUGUAUUUUAUAAAUAUUUUUGUUAAAAAAAUAUUAAAGCACCACACUGUUAACAAUGUAGCAUACGAUCAUGAGUUAUAGUUUCAAUAUGAGAAAUUAAAGUCUUUUAAAAUGUAGAACUCUGUGCUAUGAGUGUCAGUGGGGAAAAUGUAUCUUUGCCCAUCAUCCCACAACUGUAUGUCAGAGAAGCCAGAAGGUUGGCAGACAACAUCUUGAAAACAGAUCCAGAUGUUUAGAGUUGGUGCUUCCCUCUUGCCUAGAAAAGUGCUAGGGGGAAAAAACACUUCUUCCCAUCUACAGACAAGCAGGUAACUAACCAAUUUGGUGAAGUGAAUAGUGUUACCAGACUCCAACUGAAGAAAGGAAUGUGUGCACUCUCCACUUGGCAAUGAAGCUCACUGGUUGACCUUAGGUCACUCACAAGGGGAUGCAUCUACAUUGUAGAAUCAUUGCAGCUUGACACAGUGGAAAUUGUAGUUUGCUGAAAUGCCAAACUCUUUAGCAGAGAAAACUAAAGUCCUUAUGAAACUACAGUUCACAUGAUUCCAUAGCAUUGAGCUGUGACAACUAAAGUGGUGUCAAACUAUUUAUUUUACAGUGUUGCUGGACUCAAAAUAAUCCACUCUGCAUGAAUAUAAAAACAGAGAUGAGGGCCAUGCACAACGCCUGUAGUUCUUGGUAUGAAGAUGAUCUAGAAGGGGAGCAGGAGGACAAUAAUGUAUCCCUUAAAUCUAAAAGGAAGCGGCUGCUGCCAAAGGGCUGUAGCAAAGCAGCUAUCAAUUUCCUUCUAUACAUCAAUCACAUGCACAUCUAAAAGUUAUCUUCACAGCACUUUGAGCAUUUUUUAAAUAGCUGUCUGAGCUUCUAGACUUGGGUCCAGAAAUGGAACAUAAACCUGAACUGAUUUACUGCAAGUAGGGGAUGCAUCCAUGCUUCCCGACAUUAAAAAAAAGGCUUUCCGCUGUAUACAGAACUAGCAAAUUAUUUUUAAAACAUAGUAUUUUUCUAUAUGGAAGAAGAUUUAAACUUUAAUAUCACUCCUCUUCUGUACUAUAGUGUUGAACAAUAAUGAAUGAAAAAGCAACAUAGGAUUUCUGGUGGUCUAUUUUAGAUCUUUAUAACUAUCUGAUGCUUCACUGUUAGAAUGGCUUCUCAUAUUUCAAUCCAACUUGUUAUGCAUUAAAAAAUUGGACAUAUCCCUGCCUUUCCCUGACAGAUAUUUGUGUCAUGCUCAUUUGACUCUGCUGCAGAUGGUGUGGACAGCCAUCACUCUGUAUAUAUCCACAUAAUGAAGCAAGUGAAGCAACUGGAUGUCCCUGUCAAAGCAGACCCAUUUUGGCCAUUCACCUGUGUCCAUGACCUUGUGCCACAACUCUCCCAUCAAAUCAGCUCCAUUAAAUGGCUCUUGUAGGAGAUGUCGCCAAAUUGAGCAGUGAUUCUUAGCUUCGGCUGAAACUUGAGGAGGGCCAUUCUGUGACAUGGACCAAUUCUUGAAACAGUGUGCAAUCUUUCUAAAUUUGUUCAUCUCUAAAGUGUGAAGCAAGAGGAGUUCCCAAGGGUCCUCUAAAUUUGUCUGUGCUGCUAGGUUACUUCCAUGUUGCAGUUGUACAUUGUGGAAGGGAGUGAGCAUCUUAGUUGUCUUGAGUCGCCGAUAGGCUAAGAAAGGCGGUAUACAAAUACAGUAAAUAAAUAAUAAAUAAAAUAAAUAGGACUGCUUGCAGUGUAAGACAUUCAAUCUUUAUUCAGAUGAAAUCAAAGAAUGUCAAAGUUGAUUCAUUUUUCCAGAUAUAGGAAGAAUAACAAAAAGAAGGUAGUAUACAUUGUGUACCAUAGGUACUUUGAAAAAUCAGCUAAGAGUCUGGCAUAUGUGAAUUUGUGUCUUUCUGUGUUGGAGAGAACUGUACUGCACUAAAAGUAUGGUUACAACUAAUGUGAUAUAAAUUUAACACUGAGCCUCAUGUUUCAUAUUUAAAAUCAAUUGGAGAAAAUCAGUCAAGAUUAACAAUCCUGCAAUUAUGAUUUCCCAGCCUUCCUAAACUUUUAAUUAUCUUCAUAAAUAUGUCAUGAGCAAAUCCACAUUAAAGUAAUAUUUGUGGCAUAUAUUUCAAAAUUUUAAUUGGAUCAUUAACUCUUCUAGUUGUCUGAUAUAGUUGUCAUAAUGCUGUCAUUAAUCAUAGUCAAAGAGCAACUUAAAACGGGGCAGAUGUAAUGCAAAAUAUGUUUUUCUCCUUGGUAGAGUGCCUUCUGGACUUAUCAUGAGUAUCCAAAGUUCAAUGGUGAUUCUCAAGAAUGUGAUUUCAAGGUGCCCCCAUUAAUUUCUUGGUUUUUUCUUAAGCAAGGAAUACUCAGAAAUGGUAUUGCCACUUCCUUCCUAUGAAAUAUGCCCUACAGUACCUGAUACUCUUUGGCGGUCUCCCAUUUGAAUACUAACCAGAGAUGAUCUUGCUUAUUCUCUAAGUUAAGAAGGGUUCUGAAGCCUUAUAACUAAUAAUUUAUAGAAUAACAUGAAACAUUAUGCUAAAUUAUAUUUUAAAAUGAAACCAGGUUUGUAGUUAUUUGUUAUAUCCCAUUUAAAUGAAGUAUGUUGUACUUCUCCUUAUAGGAUCAUCAUCAAAUUUUGUGGCCAUUCCAUUCCACUCUCAGUUCAUUGCUGUUGUUUCUGCACAAUUUUAAGUACAGUGUAGACAUUAGGAAAGCUUAUUUGUGCAAAAACACAGUUUUUCUGUGCAGAAAAUGAGCUUUUGGUAUGAAAAAAGCAAUAUUCUAGCACAGAAAUCAGGGUAUUUUAUACAAAAUACAGAAGCUCUAGCAGAGAAAUAAUCGUUGCAGAAAAAUAAACAAGUUUCCUGUGCAAAAAGACCUGUAUCAUUUUAUCAUUAAUAGUUUUUCCAAACAAGGCCUCAAAGUGCAAAGAUGUUUGCUACCUUUCUUCUCUUCCUUAGCUAAGCAUUUCAAAUUUCAAGAGACCCUCCCCCCCUCCCCAAUCAAUAAUGUGAGUAUUAAUGAGAAAUCUUUACAUCUCUAACAUUAGGUCUUUACAAUUAGAGUAAUUAUGGCUUGGCCAGGAAAUAUAGAAAAUCCCCUUGCAGUAUGCUUUUGUUUCUAUUUCCUACGUAUUAGCUUUUCAUAUGAAGCUUGUUCCAUUUGCAGUUAUUUCUACUAAAUAAUAUAAGUGAUAACUGCUGACAAAAGUUAAGAGGCAUCUGCAAGCUGGGUAUAGCAUUAGUUCUUUUUUGAUUAUCAAAUAUAAUCAAGAUCACUGUCUGCAUAGCAUUAGGUCAGACUCAAGGGAAUACUAUAUUUCAAAAUGUAUAAUGAAGAAAAGCUUUUAAUCUUCAACAGGUUCUUAUAGAGUUGUCCAAUCCUCAAGGGGUUCUUCUGCUGAUGCUUUCUCAUACUAGUAUUACUUCAAAUACCUAUGAUUCAAGCAACCCAAGAAACUUUGAAACUCAGUGAUAUCCCCUAACUUGAGUAGUUGUUCACCCUUCCACUAGACAUGUUGCAAAUGUGUCAACAUACCUCCUUUUGGAUCACUGAACUUUAAGAUAGGUGUAUAUGAAAAAAUCAAGUUGGUGUUUAUACUUGGGUCUGUUGCAAACUAACUAUCUCUCUAGUCAUUGAUUCUCCCACCCAAAAGACAGAGCUCUCUUAUCUAAGAGUACAUUUUAAACAAAUAUCUCCUACAUAAUCUCUGUUGUAAUGAGGGAAAGCUCUUCAAAAGCUUUCUUGAUCAGAAAAAUGUAUCCAGAUGGAUUGUGCUCUAAAAUGUUUAAAUUCACUGUAGUGUUCUCACUAAGCUUUCAAGCUGCCUUCUAUAGAGCAUUCCCCUGUGGAAGAAAAGAACUGAAAAGCCCAGUUCUUUUCUAUGUACACGUACUUCAUGGAGAGUAUUGCAGACUGAACGUGCCAAUUUUCAAAAGCGUUUUAAUGCAUUUCGGUUUGCUCAUUGUAUGUUGCCUUUGAAUAAUAUUAUUCUAAAGCAAACCAGGGCUGACAAAAGAAAGAAUGUUUAGGAAUAAUGUUAGGGCACUAGGACAACACUUAGAGUGGUUUGGAUCCAUGAUCAAUCUCUGCCGAGGAAAGGGAUUUACUGAACGAAAAGGCAUCCAUUCACUUUAAGGGAAGGGGUUUCCACAUGCACUACAUCUCAGCUAUUCAGCUGGGCUUGAAUAGGUGGUAUGAUUCAGAGGUCUGAAGGGUUGCCAUGGCUGGAUGCAUUUUUCUUUAAUUUGAUCUAUCCACCAGCAAAGAAAGAUCCUGGAUACAACCCAUUGGGCACUGUUACUGAUAGAAGAUCACUUAUGACGUGUUAGAUCCAGGAUAUGCCUUUGUGUGCACCAGAUCCUACAGUGACAUAGGCCUAAAUCUAGGUCCAACUCAUUGCAUUUUUAUCAAAAGAUUAUAAAAUGGCUUCCUGGUGACUUUUUAUAACAAAAAUGUCUAUGUGUACUUGAAUUUUUUAAAAAAACUGCCUGUAAUAAUUUUGAUCCAUGUCUUUUGGGCUAAAAAGCAAUAAUGAUAACUCUGUAAAAGUGUCUAAUUUGUUUACAAAAAGCUCUGACUUCUCCAAAAAGUGUAUUUUUGUAAAACAGAUCAACAUUAAAAUGAUUGUUACAUUA